UCCCCGGAUUACCCCCUGUCCCGCCGCUCCCCGCCGUGGCGCCGGUUCCGUGCGGGCUUCUCGGAGCUGCUGGCGGCGCUGGUGCGGCGGGCGCGGCACCGGGAGCUGCGGGACGGGUUCCUGCUGGACUCGUGGCUGGCGUUCCUCACCGGCCUGGCCGACUCCCAGCUGCGCCCGCUGCGCCACACCGGCACCCUGGCAGCGCUGAAGCUGAUGAGCGCGCUGGUGGAGGUGGCGCUGGGCGUGGGGCAGCAGCAGGAGCUCUGCCAGCGGCAGCUGCAGGCGGAGGAGGCCAAGGAGCCGGAGCGGAGGGGCACGGAGCGGCUGGAGGCGCUGCAGGAGCGGCACCGCGAGCUGCAGGAGCAGCAGGAGGAGCUGGAGCUGCUGAUGAACGGGAUCUUCAAGGGCGUCUUCGUGCAUCGCUACCGGGACGUGGUGCCCGAGAUCCGCGGGAUCUGCAUGGAGGAGCUCGGGCUGUGGGUGAGGAAAUUCCCGGGAUCCUUCCUGACCGACAGCCACCUCAAGUACCUGGGCUGGACCCUGCACGACAAGCACGGGGAGGUGCGGCUGCGCUGCGUCCGGGCCCUGCGGGGAAUUUACGGAAUUCCGGAGAUGGCGCCGAACCUGGAGCUGUUCACUGAGAGGUUCAAGCCCCGGCUGGUGGCCAUGGCCCAGGACAAGGAGCCCGAGGUGGCGCUGGAGGCGCUGAAGCUGCUGACGGAGCUGGACAGGAGCAUGGAGGAGGCGCUGUCCCCCGAGGAUUGCCGGAGCGUUUUCCCCGUGGUUUUCGUCUCCAGCCGCGCCCUCGCCUCGGCUGCCGGGACAUUCCUCUUCCAGAGGCUGUUGGAUCCCGGCCGCUUCGGGGACGGCGCCGGCGACAACCGAAACUUCCUGCGGCGCCUGGCCGGAUUCUUCCUGCACAGCCGGCUGCACGAGCACGCGGCGUACCUGGUGGAUUCCCUGUGGGACUGCGCCGGGAGCCGCCUGCGGGACUGGGAGGCAACGACGGCGCUGCUGCUGCAAACUGGGACCACCCUGCCCUUCCAGGAGGAGCAGGCUCUGGUGCAGAUCCUGAGCUCCAGCGCUCACUGGGUUAUACUGGGUUAUACUGGGUUAUACUGGGUUAUACUGGGUUAUACUGGUUUAUACUGGUUUGUGUCGGCGCGGGAGCGGCGGGAGCAGCGCGAGGAGCGCGCGCGGCUCAGCCGGAGCCUCAUCCCGCUGCUGCCACAGCUCCUGGAGAAGUUUUCGGCGGAGCCCGAGGCGGUGGCGGCGCUGCUGGAGCUGCUGGAGCACCUGGAGCUGGGAAUGUUCCGCACCGAGCGCCUGGACAAGUGCCUGGAGGCGGUUUUGGGGCGGAUCCAGGAGGUUUUUGGGAAGCAUUCCCGCCCUUUCCCGGCUCUCUCGGCCGCCUCGCGGGCGCUGCGGGCGCUGUGCCACCCCCGGCUGUCCCUGCACGGCCUCGGGGACAUCGCCCGGAGCCGCCUGGGGGACACCCUCGGGGACAGGUGCCACCGCCUGGUGACACACCUGCUCCAGGCCGUGUCCCCGGACGAGGAGGACAUUUGGGGACUGGCGGCCACCCUGACCCGGCUCUCGGUGCUCUUCAGUGACCAUGACCUGACCCCCUGGGGGCUUUUCGGGCCCCUUUCGGAGCUCCUGAGGCGCCGCCUCGGGAACGGGGACGGAGACAACAGCGUGCCAGCACAGGUGGUGAUCCCGGCCAUCUCCUGCCUCUUCUUCCACUUCUUCUGGGAACUCUCCCGAGUUCCCGACUCCGGAGCCUCCCCGGCGGAUUUGCGGGACCUGCGCUCCCGGGCUCUCCUGCUGCUCUCCCUGUGCCAGAGCUGCCUCUCGGAGCCGGAGCCGGAGCUGCGCGAGAAGGCCCUGCAGGUUCUGCUGGAAUUGCUGCUGCUCCUGGGCCCGGGGCUGCCCCACGCGCGGCUCCGGCUCAGGGCGGAGGCGGCGCUGGAGGCUCAGGUGGGGCUGGCGCUGCUCGACACCGUCUUCCUCACCCGGGACGGCAACGAAAAUCCAGACCCCCCGGAGUCGCUGCAGCGGCGCCGCGCUCUGUUGGCCGCGUUCUGCCGCCUCCUCCUGCGGGGGGCGCUGCCGCUGCGCGCCGCCACCGACCUCUUCAAACACUACGCUAAGUUUUCCGGGGAUUUCGGGGACAUCCUGCGGGAGACGCUGCGCGAGACGCGACAACGCGACGGCGCCGAGUGGGCGCGGACGCUGCUGCUCAGCCUGCAGCAGCUUUUCACGGAGCUGCUGCUGCAGGAGGGCCCCGCGCUGCGGCGGCUCCCGGAAUUCCAGGAAAUUCGGGAUCUGGGCCGGCGCCUCUCCCUCUUCUUCAGCCUCCGGCACCUGCGGCACCGGCGGCCGCUGCUGCAGCUCCACAGCGAGGGGAUCACGUUCUCGCUGCUGCCGCCGCCGCGUCUGGGCGCCGUUCCCGGAAUUCCGGCGGGAUUCCCGCUGAAUUUGCCCUUCCUGGAGGUGCUCAGCGAGUUCUCGGCGCGGCUGCAGCGCCCCGACCGCGCACACCUGCUGUCCCUGCUGGAGCGGCGCUGGCGCGAGCUGGGCCUGGGCCCCGAUUUUGGGGCGGAUUUGGGGGAUUUUGGGGCGGAUUUGGGGGAUUUUGGGGCUCCCCUGCUCUGCUACCGCCGCUCCCUCAGCGCCGCGCCGGGACCCGCCCGCGCCAGGAGAGCCCCGAGGAGCAACGAGAGGCAGCAGAGAGCCCCCAGCUCCAGCCCGUGGCCGCCCACCCCCACCCUGACCUCGACCGCGCUCCGGGGGGGCCCCCAAAAACGCCGCCCCUCCCCCACCCUGCCCAGCAGCGAAUCCAAAAGGAGUUGGGAGUCCCGGUGAGGGAAUUUGGGAAUUUUGGGGGAAAUU